AUGCCGUCCUCUUUCUACGCCCUCGCCCUGAGCAAGUUUUCUGCCGACUACAUCAACGAGUACCCGUUCCUCCAGCACCCGACCACGGCCAACGAAAACCAAUGGGCAACGGGGGCAGCAGCAGCCAUCUCGGGGCACCAGACGGCCGCCUUCAUUCACCACCCGCGGAACCACGCCCAGGGAAUCACCCAGUCCCUGAAAGAUCAGGGCGUCACGCCCUCAAAGUCGCAGAACCAGGUCCAGGUCCAGGUCCACCUGGCAUUCCUGAGGGAUGCCUACGAGAACGCGCAGUGGCACCACCCCCACCCGUGGACGUCUUGA